GGCUUUGUACAAUAUAUAAACACGGUCGAUUCUAGAUUGCACCAUCAGUCAGCGAUCCUCUGAUACCCAUUCACAAAGAAAGACAUCUCGCCCCUUCUCCUUGCUCAAUCCGUGCGAUUUCAAAAACAGCCUUGACAAUGUGUUUUCUCUUCAGCGCCUUUUGCUUUUUGAUCAUCUCCUUCGCCAGUUUGACGGCUUCAGCACCGCUCGCUGCUCGCGAUGUUUAUAUCCCACAUAUUACCGCCCCCACCUCCAACACUGUCUGGAGAUGUGGCCAAAACGUGACCGUAGCGUGGGAUAGCUCUAAUCGCCCAAAAGACGUCACGAACUCCGAAGGAAUGGUCCUCCUGCGUAAGGAAGGGCUGGAAGAUGCAGAGCAUCCUCUUGCAUCCGGAUUCAAUGUCGUGGAUCUUCACUCAAUGUCGUUCAAAGUUCCUCGUGUCCCACCAAGGGAUGACUACCAGAUCGUUCUCUUUGGAGAUUCAGGGAAUUUUAGCCCAAAGUUCACUAUAGAGUGCGACAGUGACUCUGCGUGAUGAUGAUCGGCUUUCAGUAAUGGUGAUGAUGGAACGAAAUGCGCUUACUAUGAUGCGACAACGGCUGCUGUAGAUUGAUUUCGAAUCCUGAAGC